CUGCCGGGCCGUCGGUGAAGGAGGAAGGCCUUGUCACCCAAACUGGUUUGCAAUCACAGCGUUUCUCUCGAGUAGCGACAAUCAAACCGACGUCAAGCGCCGGUCUGAUUGGUUCACAUCGGCAGUCGCACUCGGGGAUGGUCGGCCGUGCGACAUAGAUUCGCGCGCGAUCGGUCAUCAGUGGAGGGACCCGUGGUCACCACAGGGCUUUCGGGCUCUUCCUCGGAGCUUUCCAGAUACCUGCUCGAUGAGACUCUCCUCGGAUUUUUUUUGUUAUUUCUUCUUUCACGUUUGACCCAUUUGACCCAUGGCCACCUGAAAGCUAGGGGGUCGCGCUUAGAGAGAUCAUCAUGAGAUCACCGCUUCUGAGGAUUUUACUGGUCCUGGCUACACUGGUACUGGCCUACGCCUUCAUUACCUACAUAGAAGUCCGCCAUCCGCUCCGGGGCCGGCGGCCUCCGCCAGGAUCUCCGUGGCCCGCUCCUCGGCGAUGGCAGUCGUUGCCGCUGCAGCGCAGCCUGGAUCCGGACACGUUCGCACUAAGAUCGGCAGCCGCCGAAUCGUGCGACGUGAUAGCCAAGGCUCUGGUUCGCUACCGCAAGCUCGCCUUCCUCGGAGACACGCGAAGAGGUCUUUCGGAAGGAGGAGAUGGCGCCUCGGCCGUCGUCCACGACCGAGUACUGCCCGAGCUCGGGGUCGAGGUGACUCACUAUCUGGGACAGGAAUACUGCGGCUACCCGCAGCACAAGGACGACGAGAGCUAUUCCCUUGUUGUACCAGAACACGGCGACGCUGUACUGAGGUCUCACACUGUCUGGGGUGCUUUACGUGGACUCGAAACGUUCAGUCAACUCGUUCAUCAGGAUUCUGUUAGCAAAGCGUUUCUCAUAAAUGUGACCAUUGUGGAUGACUCCCCCAGGUUCUCCUACAGAGGCGUACUGCUUGAUUCGUCGAGACAUUUUCAAACUAUAAAGGUUCUUAAGCAGAGCUUGGACGCCAUGGCCUACAACAAAUUUAAUGCCUUCCACUGGCAUCUCGUCGACGACCAGUCGUGGCCGCUGGAAAUGGCAACGUACCCGAACUUGACGCAGAGUGCGUAUUCCCCAAGAUACGUGUAUAGUCGAGAAGACGUUCAGGACAUCAUCGAGUACGCUCGGCUGCGUGGGAUCCGCGUCAUCCCUGAGAUCGACACUCCGGGACACACGCAAGCCCUGGGAAAGAUCUUCCCCGAGAUCCUCACAGCGUGCUACUUCAAUCGCACCCGGGGAAAACCAAACUACCCCAAGCACGCGGCGUUUGAGAUGCUGGACCCCACACAGAACUACACUUAUGACGUCAUGAGAAGCAUCUUUCAAGAAGUCAUCGAGGUUUUUAAGGACCGCUACAUACACCUAGGCAUGGAUGAAGUCUACUACUCCUGCUGGCAAUCAAGUCCCGAGAUUGCCAAGUUUAUGAAGAAGCAAGGUUUCCGCAACUUGAGCCAGCUUGAGCAGUACUAUGUCGAGCGGACACUGGCCAACGUCCGGAAGCUGGGUGCCAAGUACAUGAUCUGGCAAGACCCCAUUGACAAAAAUGUCCACGCGGCAAACGACACUCUGGUUGUGAUCUGGAAAGGCGGACCAUGGCACAAAAAUGUGACGCCGUGGCAGACCCAUGCCAGAGCUGUCGCGCGCAAGGGAUACCAGAUGGUGGUGUCGGCUUGCUGGUACCUGAACCACAUCCGCGAUGGGCCAGACUGGAAGGACUUCUACCGGUGCGAUCCUCGUGGCUUUAACGGCACGGAACGAGAAAAGAACUUGGUCGUCGGCGGUGAGGCUUGUAUGUGGGGCGAAUACGUCGACGGCACCAAUUUGAUCUCCAGGCUUUGGCCUCGCGCUUCAGCCGUUGCCGAGCGUUUGUGGAGCAGCGCUGGCGUCAAUAACACGGACGACGCCGCAUUACGGCUGGACCAACAACGCUGCCGUAUGCUCAGACGCGGCAUACCGACGCAGCCAAUCUUGAACGGCUACUGCGGUGACUACGAAUUGGAUAUGGACACUCCGUAUCACAUCGACUAAGCAGGAAUAGGAAUACACGCAGUGACUGGGAAGACAGCAGAAUGCCACUAAAUAUCUCAGGACAACGUCACAAUUGAAGAGCACGUUGCAAGUCUGGACAAUCGCUUUAUGUCUAUCAGGAGAGGUCGCCUGCCUGUGAGAAUUCCAGAAAGAGAAUAGACGGAAUCAGAAGAGUACCCUCAAUAUAUUUAAUGAAGCUUC